UACUUAAGCGAACAGAGAUGCGAAAGAGAAUCGACAGUCGGAAGAAACACGAGGGAAGGAAUUGUCAUUAUUUUUCUAAAACCAACUUUUCGUUCGCGAAAUAUGCAAAUUCAAUUGAUAAUAACGUAAUGUGUAAUUUGCAAAUAAACUACGACGGCCGUUUUCGUGUUUCCUAACUGGCUUUCAUGAAAGUUUCAGAUAGCAAUAAUAUAAAGAGAAAAAAGCGUGUGUAAUUGUGUUAGUGUGCGUGCGUCGGUUUGGCUGGUUGGUGUGUUGGCCGAAAGCAGUAAAACGAAAACUGAAGGCGAAAAAAUAUAAGAAAAAGAACAGAAAGACAUACAUAGAAGUCGCGCGGGCAACGAACGUUCAGCGUUAUUGAAGGACGACGAGCGGUCGCUGAACGGACGCUGGCAACGGCAACAGCAGCGAUAUCCAUAAUAAAAACGUGUGCAGUUGUCGACCGGGCGGAGGAUCUUGAAGAUUGCGCAAAUGCACAACAGCUAGCUGGGAAGCAAAGCGCGCGUGUGUGCUGUGUGCGUGUGUGUGUGUGUUGGUGCGUGUCUGAGUUCGAGUCCGCGCAACACGCCCGCCGCCUACGCCACAUAACCAACAGCAAAAUCAAAGCGAAUCGAAUGCUUGCAUUUCCUUUUCGACGCUCCCCCCAUAAUCCCGCUGCAAGCGAUUUAAUUUAACGCGCUAUCGCCUAUUCCCACUACCACCCAUACAACCCCGCCCAAAACUCAACUCGACUUCCAUAAUCAGCAUCAGAGUUUCGUGGGAGCACAGCGUAAAAUCCUUCAAAAUUCCACCACAAACGCCUACCAGCGCGAGCGCCAUGCCCGUCUCGUUGGCUGUGUGCGAAACAGCCAAUGUCGUGAACGCCGCACUGCGGGAAUCGCUUGGUGGCAGUGGCGCCAGCGGUUGCGUAGCGGCGGCCGCAGCUGGCGGCCGAUCCGGCUCUGGUUCAAGCUCCACCGCCGCUGCGGCUGCUUCAGCUGAUGAGGCCAAAAUUGGCGAUUCUUCGGCCACGGAUAAUCUGCAGAGUCAAAUUGUGGCAAACGCUAAACGCGUAUUGCUGGCCAAAAUCGAGUACGAGGAGGUAGAGAACUACCAUGAAUCUGUGCUGGCCAAACUCAAAUCAAAAUACAUUGUCAUAAAGCCGGAUAAUAAUGGAGCUGCCAACUGCAGCUACAAAACUAACGGUACAGGCAAAUUGCUCAGCUCGAACGGGCAUGACAAUACGAACGGUGUGAACGGCAGCAGUGCUGCGACUGUGAAUGGCAAUCGCAAACAGACAGUGGAGCAGUCCAAUCAGAAUUCCACUACGAACCCCAAUGAAUUGCCCAAGCCCAAGCGGGUGCUGUACCCGCGGGAGAACAUUCGCAUCGGGUGGAAACAGUCGGAUAGGAAGUGGCAAGUGGGAGCUGGAAUGCUGAAUGUGGGCAAUACGUGUUACCUCAAUUCGACGCUGCAGGCUCUCUUCCACAUACCAGCACUAGCCAACUGGCUUGUCUCGGAGACGGCGCACGUGGAGAACUGCAACAUAAGCGAGUCUUGUGGUAGUGGUGGCUGCAUCAUAUGUGCAAUGGCCAAGACGUUACAGACAACACAAUCCAAUCAGACGGCAGUUCGACCAUUUCUCAUAUACACGAAACUGAGGCAAAUAUGCAAACACAUGGUCGUUGGUCGCCAGGAGGAUGCCCAUGAAUUCUUGCGCUUUCUGGUCGAGGCCAUGGAGAAGGCGUAUCUAAUGCGCUUUCGCAACUACAAAGAACUUGAUCAGCUGGUGAAGGAGACGACGCCGCUGAGUCAAAUCUUUGGCGGAUAUUUGCGUAGCGAGGUUCGCUGCCUUAGCUGCAAUCAUGUCUCGAUUACGUUUCAACAUUUCCAAGAUCUGUUGCUGGAUAUACGCAAGGCGGACACCCUGGAGGAGGCGUUCGAUGGGUAUUUUUCACGUGAGCGCCUCGAGGACAUGGGCUAUAAGUGCGAGGGCUGCAAGAAAAAGGUCUCUGCUACUAAACAGUUUAGCUUGGAGCGUGCUCCAAUUACGCUCUGCAUCCAGCUGAAGCGCUUUUCGAUGAUGGGUAAUAAGCUGACCAAACAGAUUAGCUUCAAGCCACGCAUAGACCUUAGCCGGUUCGCCGCUCGCAGCCCGGCGGCCUCGACGCAGCCCUUGAGCUAUCGCCUGGUAUCGAUGGUCACCCAUUUGGGUGUUUCUCAGCACUGUGGCCAUUACACGGCCAUUGGACUAACGGAGUCGGGGAGUUAUUACAACUUUGAUGACAGCUAUGUACGGCCCAUUGCGAUGCAAAGUGUCUGCAAUACGAAUGCGUACAUCAUGUUCUACGAGCUGGAUGUGGCCAGCAGCAGCAUCAACAGCAGCAGCAGCUGCAGUACAUCUGUGCCCAAGCUGAACGGACUGCGUCUCAAUGGACAGCACAGCCCGGCGACAGCUGUGGCAGCUACGGCCACCUCAACAUCUGCCUCUGCCGUGUCCCCGCGCUUCAUUGGUCCACAGUUGCCUAAUGGCUAUGCCAACAACAAUGGGCAUGUACUUGGUGCCGCAAAGACUUCAAUUCAGUUCAAGUCCUCGCUACAGAAGCAGUUACAACAACAGCAGCAGCUCCUAAUGGGGGCGAAUAAAUUUCAGGAGUCUGCGCAAUCGAAGCAUUCACUGGUUGGGUCAUUGCAUAAGGGAGAAAGUGCUGCAACUGCAAGUGCAAAUACAGUUUCAAAUGCAAAUUCUAACAAAAGUUCCUGCAACAACAACAAUUUAACAACCAACACCAGCCAACACCAGCAACAACAUAUUCUGCCAAUAUCAUCCGAUGAGGAGGAUGAGGAUGAGGACAGUGACGAUGAUGUUGAUGUGAAAGCCAACACAGCGCCUCAGCUGCCGAGCAUGCCGAAAAUGUUUGAGGAUGCCGAGAGUGUUGCGCAAACUGCCAAGUUGAAGCCAAAGACGCCACUCAAGAGCCUGGUGCCAUAUGAGUCCGCCUCCGAGGAGGAGCAGGAACAGCAGCAACAACAACAGAAGCUGCUAGUGUCACCACAGCUACAGCCAGCUAAUCCCCGCAAGCGACGCAGUGGCGCCGAUUCAAGUGAAUCAGACGAUGAGCCACCAUCCAUAAUGCGUAAUGGUCAUGCCAGGAGCAAUGGCAGUGGGAAUGAGUCCAGCACCAGCAACAAAUCCAACAAGUCCGCCUCAAAUGCCUCGUCGGCCAAUGUUAACAGCAACAAACAAAAGACUGAUGCCAUAGACGAGAUAUUCAAAAGUCUAAACAACUAUAAAAAUAAACACAGAGCCACAGCAGCAGGAACUACGACUGCUGAUGGCGACGCGGAUGAGCAGCAGCAGGUCACAAAAAAACCAAGCAACUCCAGCUCCAGUUUGAUCAGCAAAAAUGGCUGGCAGUCACAAAAUGGCAAGGCGCCGUCAUCGCCAAAGACGCCACCCUCGCCAGCUGUGAUUAAAUCAAAGACUGGCAUUUGGCAGAUAACACGCACGGAUGAUGAUAACGACGAUGAUGAUGAGGAUGCGGAUGAGGAUGAUGACGCUGACGCUGAUGCUGAACAGGAAGAAUACGAUGAUGAAGUCGUUGUCGUAGAGGAGUCCACACCGAGUACCACGACUAAAAAUCUCAACAAUCCAUUUGCCAGCAAACCGUCUUCAGCAGAUGCCAUGCCUGGAGCCAAGCGCCAGAAAUUGCUAAAUGGUAGCGCCAAGUCGGCGCAGACGCCUCGCGUCGGCAAUGGCUAUCAAAGUGAGGCUUCGGCCAAUGGCAAUGCGGUCAGCGAGCUGUUAAAGCAGACCCAUCGUGGCUAUGGUACAUCGGUACUCAGCUGGAACGGCAAACCUUCCGAAUUGGACCAACAGUUGCUGGCUGAAGCACGCGAGCAGCGGAAGCGUGAUGCAGAAGAUGAUGAAGAGAAUGAAAUGGAUCGUGGACGUCAGCGCAAGGUCAAAUCGGCGUCAGUCAAAUCUAAUAACAGCAUACCCGGCUACAAUCCAUUCCAGGAGUUCGAGAGUCAGAAGCGCUGGAACGGCAACAAGUCUGGCUCUUUUCCCCGCUUCUAUCAGAAUUAUCGUCAGAAUUUUCAGCAGCGCAACAAAUUCAAAUAUAAUCGAUUUGGCGGUGGUGGCGCCAAGUUUCAACAGCAGCGUGCCUUGCAGCGCCAUCUAUCGGCUGGCGGCGGCUUCACGCGGCGUCAACAUCAAUCGACAGGUCAUCAGCAACAGCAGCAGCAACAACAAUCGUAACUGGACGUUGACCCAUACGUCGCUGCAUUAGUUGUGUUUUUUGCCGCUGUGGUGGCUACUGCCCAGCAUCUGGCAAACAAUGGGCUCGCUUGGAUUUUACACGAGUUUUGUAAACAUUUUUUAACUGCUGAUGCAUACAUUAGGACUAGGACAUAUAAGCUAUAAGCUAGAGCAACCUCUAACAAGUUUAAUUUGUAAACGUGUUUGGCAUUUUAUUUAUUAUGUUUAUUUUUAAAUGAGAAAUUUGGAAUACACAUGAUUUAAACCGAAUGU